CAACCAACAAGCUAGCAACGACUCAACCUCUCGCCAAACAUCACGACAUUCUCCCCCGCCGAUUCUCCCCCCCAAUUCCGUCCCAGUACGUUUUAAUUUCCGACGCUUGAUCUGCGACCAUAGCGACACAGCAUCGCAUCAGCCAAUUGUCCGAAUUUGUGGCGCAAUCUCGUCUAACGCUUUCGCUCUACAGUCAUGUCCGCCGCCGCCGCUCCUCACUUCUGGGCUGCUCCCCUGCGAUACUGCGCCUGGGCUGCCCGCGAACGCCCUGCGUACUUUUGGUCCGUCGUUAUUGGCGGCAUUGGUCCCGCUGCCAUGCCUUUUGCUCCCGCCAUUAGACGCGCCUUUGGCGAUGUCGACCCUGCUCCCAUCCCCGUUACGUAUCCCGUCCCCACGGGACCCCGAAAACAAUUGACCGGCUACGAUGACGAAUAAGCAAUGGGUAUAAAAUGAACCAGGUGGAGGAAAUGGAAAAACAACCCGAGGGGUUCUCGAAUGCUAGACAUCUUUCUUUAUUUUAACCAGCGAAAGCACCGAAAACACUUCUACGGUUUGAGCAGGUCCUGUAUACUAUGUGGGCGUUUCGCAGCUGGGCGCCUCUCUGCUCAAGCAACAAUUCAGCUGCAACUAGAAAUGCAUAUCAAAAUCAGAUAUUUCUUU